ACUAAGUGAGGUUAUGUCAUUGUUGUUCCCGUGGCCCCACGAUGAGCACUGAACCGAAAUUCUGCAAGUACUGCCCCAACAAGCUCGAGGACUGCGUCGACGAAGGCCUCAGUUGCACCUCGUGCUCGCAGAAUGUGCACCUUCGGUGCCUACGCAACGGGGGCGUCCCUGGCGGUCUCCACGGUGACAUCUUUUUCACCUUCACGUGCCAAGAUUGCUCCCAAUCGAACGCCGAGGAGUUCGUCAGAGAGAAGAUGUCUUGGUUGAAGGUGUUGGUUCUGGUUUUGUACCAUCUGCAGGCAAGAAGUCCAGGUUUGGGCAGGAAAGGGUACUUCCACUGGCGCAACCACGUAGCGUCGCUCAUCGACAAGAACUGGGAGAGUCUUUUUUUGAAGGAGUUCAAAAAGAAGAAAAAAUGGGUGGGGACGGUGGCCGGGACGCUGUCGCAUUUCAGUACUUACUUUUUCAAGUCGGGGACUUCGGUGAUGAACGAGCCGGCGUGGUGGGCUUUGACGUACCCCAAACUGACGCCAAAUGUCAUUUCGAAUUUGUAUUCGGGGUUCACUAACGAAAAACAGAAGCUCAAAAUCUUGAAAAUGUCCAUCUCAGACGGCGAAUUAUUUACGCAGAUCUUGCACAAGUACGUGAAAAACGAGGAUUUGUUGACGCCAGUGUACAUGGUGGAGGCGCCAAUUUCGGACGGCUCGGAUAAAGUGUCUGACGAAGACACCAUAAAAAGUAUUAAACAAUUUACAGUCAACAAACGCAAAAGUAUUUUGCCGACGUUCGAAAGCACCUCUAAAAAGUUAAAGAAAAAUUCGACCGUUUUUUCUAAUUUGGGGGAUGACUGGACGUCUUAUCUAAAACAGAGAGAAACUAAUUCUGAGGUGGAUUAUUGUGUGAGGAGCAAGCCCUCAAAGGUCCAGCAGAAGGAAGUCCAGCUAUUGGAUCCUCUAUGUCACUACAACACGUCAUUAAGCAGCGCUUCCAGACAGAAGGGAAAUCAAAUGAAAAUCAGACUGAUGGGUGGCUUAAGAAAAGAAAUGAUUUUGUCGCCUUACAGUGGCAUUUAUUUAAAACCUUACAUUCGGCGGGAUUGUGAGACUUCUCCCGCCUGGUUACGACUAAUGGCCGAAGUACAAAUGAAAGCGAACGAAAAAAAUGGGGCUUACGUUUUACCGCCUAGAGCUCCUAUAGACUACACAUAUGUACAACCUGAACAUAUCCCUGCUAUUAAUAGUCUCUGCAAUAAUUUCUUUUGGUCAGGGAUAGACCUAACCGAAUGUCUGCAAUACCCUGACUUUAGCUGCGUGGUGAUGUACAAAAAAUUGAUUGUCGGGUUUGCCUUUUUAGUACCUAACGUUAAGUACACCGAAAACUACAUAUCUUUUAUUUUUACAAGGCCUGGAUGGAGAAACGUGGGAAUAGGGAGGUUCAUGUUGUACCAUUUAAUACAGACUAGUCUUGGCAAAGACAUCACCUUGCACGUAUCCAUCAACAACCCGGCCCUGUUUUUGUACCAAAAGUUCGGCUUCAAAGUCGAGUCAGUAGUCCUAGAUUUUUACGAAAAAUAUUUCCGUAGCGGAACGAGCGAAUCUAAGCACGCAUUUUUCUGUCGACUGGAAAGAUGAUCGCUUUUUACCGUCUUUACUUUAUUUUUAUUUAGGCACUUUUUAAAUAUACUUAAUUUAAUAAUAAAAUAUAUUUAAAUA